AUGUUGCAAGCCUUCUGGGGCGAGGAGGCUCCGACAGAGUCCAACAACAGCAUGGACCUGGCCGUGACGGAGGGCUUCAUAAAGGCCGCAUCGCAAGCCGUCAAGGAGGAACUGCUUCAGGAAUGGCGAAGCUUUCGUGCAGACCUCUUGCGCGAAUUCACGCACCUCAUCCAUGCCGAGGUUGCCAAGGUGCCGCUGGGGAGUCCUGCUGAACAUGAGGACGUCCCAGGCACUCCGCCGCGUCGCAGCAAAUCACAGGAGGUGGCAACUCCCGAGAAGUUGGCCAAGCCUGUUGCAAGCCUGGCCGCAAGAGUCAAUGGGGAAAACGUGGAUACUAACAACCCGGUGCUCGGGAUGGACGAGGACUUCCCCUGCGCACCUCGGAGGCGCCACAAAGCGCAGGACGACGCUGAGACUCCAGAGAAGUUGGUCAAGCCUUCAAGCUGCGGAAGCGCCGAAGCCGCCUUCGUGAAGGAUAAGGAGGAAAACCGGGAUGCUUCCAAUUUCGUUUGCUGGAAAGGCAGCAGCGACGCCGGCGCCAGGCCAAGAUUCACAGCUACCGCAUGGACUUGGAUGACGAGGAGUCCUUGGAUGUACACCAUUCCGGCCAGAGGCUCGAAGGCUCGGCUAUCGAAGAUGAGUACGACCAGAGCUGCUGGACCCAGCCGCAGGGAGCGGAGGUCGCAGUUGCGGUCGAUGCCGUGA